AUGACAAAAUCAGCAGUGGGUGCGAUUCUGGCUGUCGUGCUUGCUGCUGCAUCGUACAUGACAGCGUCGCCGCCUGGAGCAGUUUACAUUGACCCUCUACUGUACAAUGUUCAAGUUGUGGGAGCAAACUACACAAAAUGGCGCAACUCGUCUGCUAUUGGCUUUAACCCCACCGACACUGCACCACCAUUCAUUCAGGUAUUUGACCGCUCAUUCCUCGAUAUCACCGGACCAUCUGCCACCAUUCGCAAAAUUGCUUCGAAUCCUGGCUUUGCUUUUGCCCAUGAAGCACCCAUCUAUGUUCAAGACCUAAACUUGGUCUUCUUUGCGAGUAAUGAUGGUGGCGCACUUGCAUACAGUGGAUGGUAUAACAACAGCGUUGUUAGCAUGAUCAAUAUGACAGAAGUCGACAUGGCGCUGGCUUCUACGACCGGAGAUGUCAAUAUUCAGGUUCAAACACUCAACCUCUCCGAUAAUGUCCAAAUGGUCAACGGGGGAACAGGUCCAUACAAGGGAGACCUUCUGUUCGUCACCUCAGGUCGCGCUUUGCUUCCUCCUUCUAUUGUUCGCGUCAAUCCCAGCCCUCCCUACAAUGCCACUGUUAUUCUGGAUAACUUUUUAGGCAGGCAGUUCAACUCGCUUAAUGAUAUCAAAAUUCUCCCUGGCACGGACAUUAUGUUCUUCACCGAUCCCACCUACGGGUGGCUUAACGGUUUCCGUCCUGAACCAAUGCUACCAUCACAGGUAUACCGAUUUGAUCCGUCCACUGGACAGGUCAGAGUUGUCGCUGACCAGUUUGUGCAUCCGAAUGGCAUUGCAUUCGCUCCCAAUGGCAAAACUGCAUUCGUCACCGACACGGGUGUUCUUGGAGCCUUGUUCGGAACGAACCAGACCUUUCCAGCCACAAUCUACCAGUUCGACGUUGACCCAACGACACAGUCGUUCAUGAACCGUAGAGUGUUCGCCUACAUUGACUCCGGUGCACCAGAUGGCAUUCAGCUUGAUACCAAGGGCAACGUUUAUUCCGGUUGCGGGGAUGGUAUUGAGGUCUGGAAUAGCGAAGGCACGCUCAUUGGAAAGUUCUUCCUAAACAGCACCACAGCCGAGCUGAUGUUCACGAAGUCUGGUCUUGUUAUUUUGGAGGAAACGGCGAUGUAUUUGACAAACAUUCAAGCUCAUGGAAUGACUCUAGUCACGUGGUAGCUUUCUGUGUACCGCUAUACCUGUUGCGAAUUUGAUGUGUAUGAUGGGAUACCCAUACA